GGAGGUGAAGAGGGAGUAUAGAGAAGCAGAGACACAGAGAGGCAGAUACAUAAAGAGGCACAGAGAAAUUGAUGGAAUGACAGUCUGGUGGCAGGAGACACACUGAGAAGGGGGGCAGUGAGGAAAGAGAGGAGGGGCUUGCCAGGUAGAAAAAGAAAGAGAAGGGAUGUAAAAUGGGCGGCUUCAGAGACAACGUAGACAGAGGUAGCUUAUGAGUGCAUGUGUGCCCUCUAUUUCAUUCACACACACACACACACACACACACACAUAUCUCCUCCCUCUUUUUUUCACUCACUCACACGGACACACACACUUGAGCAGAAGCAGCAGAGCUGUGUGGGUGUGAGGCAGUAUGAGAAGUGAUAUUUGUACUUCCACACACAUACAGCUGGCUGAUGGACUAACUUAAUUACAGCAUAUCCACACACCCACUCUACGCACAUUCACUAGCACACCUUGAAGAUAUAGACCCAGACACACACACUGACAUACACAACCUGUCUGCAGCCAGAAGUCAACAUGGGGAUUGUGAUGGGAACCUUUUCUUUGCCAAACAAGCAGGUCAACUACCACAUAGAUACAGCUGAUGAUGACAUGGAAAUGACCAUGGCGAGCCAUCGACCGGAGGGCCUCAACCAGCUAGAAGCUCAAACCAACUUCAGCAAAGGGGAGCUACAGGUGCUCUACAGGGGCUUUAAGAAUGAGUGUCCCAGUGGUAUCGUAAAUGAGGAAACCUUUAAGCAAAUAUACUCCCAGUUCUUUCCACAUGGAGACGCCAGCACCUACGCGCACUAUCUGUUCAACGCAUUUGACACAGCACAUUCAGGAUCCAUAAAGUUUGAGGAAUUUGUAGCAGCUCUGUCUAUUCUGUUGAAGGGCUCUGUCACAGAGAAACUUCAGUGGACGUUUAACCUCUAUGAUAUCAACAGAGAUGGAUACAUAAGUAAAGAUGAAAUGACAGACAUCGUCCGAGCUAUUUAUGACAUGAUGGGGAAGUACACUUACCCUGUCUUGAAAACUGAUGCACCCAAACAGCAUGUGGAUGCUUUCUUUCAGAAAAUGGACAAAAACAGGGAUGGAGUGGUCACUCUUGAUGAAUUCAUCCUGUCUUGCCAAGAGGAUGAAAACAUCAUGCGCUCUCUAGAGCUCUUUGAAAAUGUCAUCUAGACAACAAACACAAGGGACACGGUGCAACAGAUGAGACCACAAAGCAAGAGAAGAGAAAAAACAAAGCAGAAAGCGAUGGAGGAGAGGGAGACGUGAAGAUGUAAGAGAACAGCAGAGCUUGCAACUAAAACAAAAGAAAGAGCUUGUCCUUUUUUGUGUGAAGUUUGCCAAAAAACUUCAUAAAACAUGUCUUGCUAUAACAAAUUCAUGGUGACAAACUGCCACUGGUUUUGGAAAAUGUCCUUCAGACUUAAGCCCUUCAUUUGGCCUCUGUGUGACCAUUUGCCUCAUCUCCAUCUUCCUCAUCUGUUGCUGCUUUACAGUUGCUCCCAUCAUGGAUGAUGCGUACUGUACUUCAUGCCACUGUGUAAAUACUGAUUCUUCCACAUUCGGUCAAAUAUGUUUGUGAAAUAUGUCAGUUUAACCAGCAGUGAGAUCAACCAAAUGCAUACAUUGUACAUUAGAGGCUUAAAUAAUAGUAGUUUUCGUUUUUAAUUUCUCUGUCAAUACAGCCAACAUGAACAAUAUUGUGAAGCAUGUGAGGUAGAGGCCUGUUGAGCGUCUGUGCCAUAAAACAUUUUGUGGCAAUGUACUCAUUCUCUUGCUAAGGUGUUAUAUCUGGGAAGUCGGGUCUUUGUGUAGCAGAUCACAGAGCCGCCUCAUCUGUUUUCAGCCAUCGACAGGCUUGUGAAGGUUUUACAGAGCUGGAUGUGGCCUCAGCCAGCUUGUGACGGUGUUACGUCUCGUGACAGCUUUGUGACAGUCUCCAAAAGCCCUGUAAAGUCCUACUGUGUGUGUUCCAGUAGCGUCAGUCAGUGUGCCACUGUUGUAACGUCUUGAUUGUAAAUAUUUUACUGUUGUAUUUGUGGCUUUUUUGCUGCCUGGAAUAAUUUGUGUCCGUCUGUGUGUUUCGGAUUCUGACUGUCUGUCCUUCUGUCCUUCUGUCAAAUUGGACAUAAAUGUAAUUAUUCUCCCUGACACUCACUGUUAAAUAUAGGUUUACUGGCAUACGGAUGCAGGGUGAUACAGGGCUGUAUAUGUGUCUAAGUGUGUGUAUGGCGUCCUGAUGUUAGUUCGUAAAGUGUCACUUACUCUAGCAUGUAGCUUCAUCUUGUGGACACUACAAUCAGUCCACCAAACUAACCUUGUUUCUACCAGAAGGGAGAGUUGUGUUGUCAACUCUGUCUUUUCAAAACCGACUCAGAGCAACCAACAUUUCACUGUGAGGGAGAGACAGAAGAGAGGAGUUACAAGAAGGGCUGAUGGGUGAGUGAGCAGAGGAGGACAAAUGUGAGAGAAUAAGACAGAAGAUGAAAGUAAAGACCUUUUCACUGAUUCUGAAGGAAUGGAAGCCAUGUUUCAAACAAGAGCCAUUGUUUUGAAGAUUGAGCAGGACAAAAAAAUACAGAUUUAUAAAUGAUUUACUGUCAUGCCCACUCACUGUGCUAUCAAUAGUGUAAUAAAAAUCCUUGCUGAGAUGUGUUGCCGCUCAUCUCAAAUGUACCCAGAUAUAUGUCCAGAUAAAGUGACAGACAGGAAGACGAACACAUAGACAGGCAUAAAAACAGACAGCUUAAAACUGUCAGAAUGAAAUAAUGUGUAUUGUAAUAUUGUAUAAAAUCAUUAUAUUUAUCAAUAAACUUGGCUGCUAUUU